AUGUCGAAUUUGUCACUGAAAUGUUUGAUAGAAACAAACAAGUUGACUGGGUCAAACUUCACGGAUUGGCUCCGUUGCUUGCGUCUGGUCUUAAGGCUAGAGAAGAUUGAGUAUGUCUUGGACAACCCAAUCACUGUCAUUCCUGACAAGCAGUCUGCUGAGUAUGCAUCAUUUGAUGAAGCUGCUCACAAGAAGCAUGUCGAGGAUGCAACAUCGGCACAAUGUAGUCUGUAUGCUUCAGAAGCUCAGACUAUGGAGUAUGAGAUACUCCGAGAUCUCUUUAAGUGUAAGCUUCAUGAUGGGGGUCAGGUUUCUGAUCAUGUACUGAAGAUGAUCGGGUUGAUUGAGAGUCUUUGCCUGCCUCAUUUGAAAACCUCAUUGUGA